GGAUUGUUUCGGGGUGCUUCAACUGAGUUCUUCUCAAACAAAUGUACUUCUAGCAGUAGCAAAAUAAAAAUCAACAAUGUCGACGGCAAUGAAUUUCGGCACAAAAUCAUUUAAACCACGACCUCCUGACAAAGGAUCAUUCCCUUUAGACCAUUUCGGUGAAUGUAAAGAGUUCAAAGAGAAAUUCAUGCGCUGUCUCAGAGACAACGACUUUGACAGCACACUGUGCCGACUACAGUCCAAAGAAUACCUGGAGUGUAGAAUGGACAAGCAGUUGAUGGUGAAGGAGUCUCUAGAGAAGCUCGGUUUCAAGGAUCUGAUGGACCAAGACAAAGAGGAGGGCCGGGAGAAGCCUUAACAAAAACAAGUGAUGAAAUGGACGUAAAUUAUUUCAGUUGAUGUGUAUUAUAUGGGAAUUUUGCCAACAGUGUGUAAAUUGAUCUAAUGUAUAAAAGUUAUAAAAAGCGUUUCAUAUA